UGUCGAUUUUAAGAGAGCAUUCUUCGCCUGUCGCCAUUUUAUUCACCUUCCAGAAAUUUUUACGCUGAACAAAGUCACAAAAUUCAGCAAAAUGGCAGGUAGAAGGGUCGGAAAGUCUGUUGUAGACUGGGCAGCAUUCGUAGAAAGAGUUCCACCAAAUCAGAAGAGUCAAUUCAAUAGCUUGAAGGGUAAAUUCGACGCCUUGAAUGUCAGAAUGAGUCAAAUGCCAGAGCAAGCCGCCACCCCCAACUGGGCUGCUUACAAAAAGACAGUACCUGUUGCUGGACUGGUCGACAAAUUUGAGAAAGAGUUCAGUGCACUGAAGGUUCCAUACCCAGCUGAUACACAGUCUGAUCACAUCAACAAGCAGGAGAAAGAAAUGGAUGUGAUGGCAGCAGACUUUGUCAAGGCUUCAAAUGAGCGCAUUGCAAAAUACACACAAGAGUUCAACAAGCUUGAGAGCAUGAUACCCUUCGAGGAGCUGACGAUCGAGGAGUUUGAUGAGAUGUUCACCGAGGGCAAGAAGAUGAAGGAGAAGUACCCAUGGUGGCCACACAUCAACCUUGCAGAGUUAUAACCUCAACAUACCCUCAACCUAGACCAAUGAUAUCUUAAAAUGCUAAAGAGAUUUAUUCAAGCAUGUAUGCUUUGCCAUUUCCUGAAAAAGCCCUCAUUUAUUUGUCAGAGAGGUCCAAUAAUUUUCGGAGUGAGCUCUUUGUGUCCCAAAGAAAUGUCCAAACAAAUUAUUUUGGGAUUUACAUGUACAUAACAAAGUGCUGUGGACGUGUACUUUAGUUCAUACUACACUUUGUAUUGCACAUUUUAAAGAGCUUUCUAAAGGAUGGUCUACUUUUGAUAAAUAUGUAUAAUAUAUCAUUUCGUCGAUCUUUUACAAUCUCACCCGCUUUGAAAAAGAUCAGAGAGUAAUAUGAUCAAGCUCUUUGUGCAUAUACCAUGAGUGAAUGACUGUAUUCCUUUAACAAUUUCUCAUGCUUUAAACUCCAUGGCCUCCUUUAUUUUGGUCCAAAAUGAUUGAGAAUAUGAUUCAAAUUAAAUCUCAUUCUGUGUAAUUUACUGUGGCUAUCCCCAAUAUUUGUAGAUGGUUACAGAUGAUGGUUUGCAGAUUUGGAAUGAUAACAUGGGGACAGAGUGAAUGCUUGUUACAUUGAGAAUGUGUCUACAUAUUUUAUUCAAUAUUGGAAUAAAGCUGAUAUAACUUGAAAA